AUUUAAAUACUUGUAUAGUUGUAUUGUGAUACAAUAGUAUUCGAAGAAAAAGCGGGAAAAGAAGGUCGGCGAGAACAACGGGAGAGAGACAUUGACGAAAAUGGCGCCAUUGUUGCCGAGCUCUCAACAAUGGGUGGAAAAAUAUCGGCCGAAGCAAGUGAAGGAUGUUGCGCACCAGGAUGAAGUCGUUCGAGUACUCACCAACACCCUCGAAACCACCAAUUGUCCGCAUAUGCUAUUUUAUGGUCCGCCUGGUACUGGAAAAACCACCACGGCUCUCGCCAUUGCACAUCAGCUUUUCGGGCCCGAACUCUACAAGUCCAGGGUGCUAGAGUUGAAUGCAAGUGAUGACCGUGGUAUCAAUGUUGUUCGCACAAAAAUCAAAGAUUUUGCUGCUGUUGCUGUAGGUUCUGCCCAACGACAUGGGGGUUAUCCAUGUCCUCCAUAUAAAAUUAUCAUUCUAGACGAGGCAGAUUCAAUGACAGAAGAUGCUCAGAAUGCAUUGCGUCGGACAAUGGAGACUUACUCAAAAGUUACAAGAUUCUUUUUCAUAUGUAACUAUAUUAGCAGAAUCAUAGAGCCGCUGGCUUCUAGGUGUGCCAAAUUUAGAUUUAAAUCCCUUCCCGAACAGGUCAUGAAAAGCCGUAUCUUGCAUAUAUGUGGAGAAGAAAGCCUUAAUUUGGAUUCACAGGCACUUUCAACACUGAGUGUGAUUUCACAAGGUGAUCUUCGGAGGGCCAUCACAUACUUGCAGGGAGCUGCUCGUUUGUACGGAUCGUCAAUAUCCUCCACGGAGUUGAUUAGCGUUUCCGGGGUCAUACCAGAGGAUGUUGUUCAGAAGCUUUUGGCUGCUUGCAAAAGUGGUAACUUUGAUUCGGCAGACAAAGAAGUGAAUAAUGUCAUUUCAGAAGGCUAUCCAGUUUCUCAGAUGAUUUCCCAGUUAUUUGAUAUUAUUGUGGAAGCUAACGAUUUGUCAGACGAGCAGAAGGCGAGGAUCUUUAAAAAGCUAGGAGAAGCAGAUAAGUGUCUUGUUGAUGGAGCGGAUGAGUAUUUGCAGUUGCUAGAUGUUGCUGGUAAUACGAUGCGUGCCUAUUGCAACAUGGCUCAAGACUCCUAUUAGACGGUACCUUGUGUGAUUGUGUCUAAGUAGACUACUCACUACAUGAAUAUGUGGAAAUUAGAUGAACUAACACUUACCAUCUGUGUAACUCAACUGAAGUUUAACCUUCUUUCUGUGCACACAAGUAUUUACGAAAGUGGCUGUUCUAAUUUUUGAAUUUGUGGUCUUAUUUUUCACUAUGUCAUGUUUGUACUCCAUUUAAUGUACUGAUUUAAUCCUAAAGAUUUUAAAUUGUGUAAAA